AUGAUGUCGAAACUGAUUACACCGCGCAGUCUGAUCGGCGUCCGCCGCGCGUCCUCUGCGCACGUACAGCCCCACUGGCUGGAGAAAAACUGCGGUGAUGUGCCCGUGCACCCGCAGACUCACGACCCGGAGGUCAGCGCGAUGCUGCGCGGCGGCCACGCGCUCCAGAUCGCGAGCUUGAAGCUGCUGAAGGCCCAGGUGGCUACUUCUCAGGUGCUCCAGACGUACUCUAGCGCUCACGUGGGGAAUCUAAGGGAGCUGCAAGAGAUUGAAAAUGUGGCUGUCCAACGCAUUGAGGAAGCGGUGCAAACGAAAGACUUUCGGUUCCGACCGAGUCUGGUGAUUCCUGCGGUGGAGCUUGGCAGUUUUGCUGCAGGUAGCGUGCUGAGCACGUUGGGGGACGCUGUCAGCACGUCGUAUGUGACGGGGGUGAAGAUGGCGGUAAGUGACUUCUACAAUGACCAGAUCCGCGAGAUUUACGCAAGUAAAUCUGAAAUGGUCGAGCUGAAAGAGCUGUUCAAGGUCGCGCGUGAUGAAGAGCAAGAGUUUGUGGACGCGCAUACGUCUGCGACCGUGGUCUCAAAUGAAGCCAGCUCCGACCCCGUCACGACGUUCGCGAAGGCUUCUCUUAAGGUGCUGGCUCAAGUCGCAAGAGUUGUGUAA